AUGGCUUACACAUAUUUCAAUUCAUCAAUCUCAUGGACGGAGACUCCGGUCCAUGUAGCAAGUUUACCCUCAACUUUGCCCUACCGCUCCAAAACAUCUUUCCUCAAGCCGACUUUAGUUGUUGAGCAUCGUAGUACUCCCAUCAAAGUGCAGUUCGCCGCGAUCAGAAUGCCUUCAGUUUCGAUCUUAGUGCUCAUCAUCAUGGCCUUGGCAUGGACUUCGGAAGCUCGUCAAUUACGCCCGGCGACCAUAGAAGCCAACCGACGGCUCCCGAACAGACUUUGGAGACGAAGGGUGCACGUCCACAACACCGAAUCCUUCGUCAGUCGAGACAGUACCCAAGUCGAUAUCAGCGCCGAGGUCGAAAACAGCUACGAGAAGGAAAGUCGUCGAGUGCAGGACUUAACUGAGAGUCAUGACCCUUCCGCAUUCCAACCAAGCUUUGCACGGGCCAUCCCUAUCGCAUAA